AUGAGGAUGGGUCUAGUCGAUAUCAUGCUGGAUUUAAUAUGGAUCUGUUCUGAUUGGCUAAAUAAUUUCUGGUACAUUCCAGCCAAUCAGCGUUUUGCGUGUAUUCUAAAUGUAGAAUUUUCUGACAGAGAGGAUGCCGCACCAAGGAUCAUACGACUAAACAAUGCUGAGACUUCUCAGACACCGUCAGACAUGCAGGCCUCGCCAUCCUUGAAACGGAGAGUUGCUUUGAUUCGAUAUCCUAAGCCGAGACCAAUGGUAUCACAUGCUACUAAAUUUAAACUGAAAUUAUUCAAGAAGAAAAAGAAAGCAAAGGUGGGGAAAGUCAUACACCACCACAAACACGAAGGUCACGUAGAUCACGUUCACAAACAUGAGGGUCAUGCAAAACACAGCCACAAACACCAUGGUGAGCAGAAACACUCUCACAAACACCAUGGAGACGCUAAACAUAGCCAUAAACACCAUGGGGAAGGCAAACAUAGUCACAAACAUCAUGGACACACUGACCAUCACCACAAACACCAUGGACACAGCGAGCAUUCCCAUAAACACCAUGGUCAUGGGAAACACUCUCAUCACCACCAUGGUGAACAUGAACAUAAGCACGGACACCACGGUCACCACGAACAUGGACACAAACACCACGGACACUCGGAACAUCAACACAAACACCACGGCCAUUCGCAGCACCACCACAAACACCACGGGCACGGUGAACAUAAGCAUAAACACCAUGGAGAAGCUAGUCACAAACAUAAACAUCACGGACAUAGUGAGCACAAGCACAAGCAUCAUGGACAUCACGAACACGGGCAUAAACACCACGGCCAUCAAGAACACGGGCACAAGCAUCAUGGCCAUCAAGAGCAUGGCCACAAGCAUCAUGGUCACAACGAGCAUUCUCACAAACACCAAGGCCAUGCAGAACAUCACCAUAAACAUCACGGACAUGGCGAACACGAGCACAAACACCACGGACAUGCUUCACAUCACCACAAACAUCACGGAGAAUCGAAACACCAUCACGCCCAUCACGGUCAUGGAGAGCACAGUCAUAAACAUCACGGCCAUCACGACCACGGACACAAACAUCACGGACAUACAGACCAUGGACAUCACCACCACGGUAGUGCUAAACACGAACACAAACAUCACGGCCACGGAGACCACCACCAUAAACAUCAUGGAGAAGGCAAACACGUGCAUAAACAUCAUGGUCACGGAGAACACGACCAUAAACACCACGGACAUCACGAACACGGUCAUAAACAUCACGGACAUUCGGACCAUUCGCACAAACACCACGGUCACGCGUCUCACGGACACAAACAUCACGGCCAUGCGGAACAUUCCCAUAAACACCACGGCCAUGGGAAACACGAGCAUCACCACCACGGAGACACCAAACACGAGCAUAAACACCACGGAGAUGCUAAGCAUCACCAUGGACAUCACGGGCACUCAGAUCACAGCCACAAACACCACGGACACUCCGAUCAUCACCACAGCCAUCACGGGCACAGCAAACACGAACACAAACACCACGGUAGUCACGGACAUGAACAUAAACACCACGGAGACAACAAGCACGAGCAUAAACACCACGGGCAUAGUCACCACGAACAUAAGCACCACGGGCACUCAGACCACAGCCACAAGCACAGCGGCCACGGGCAUCACGAGCACAAACAUAAGGGACAUGGUGAGCAUAAACAUAAACACGGCGUCGGUGGAAAGGGACAUCACGACAGUGACCAUGAGCAUGAUGAACACGAGUACGAUGAUCAUGACUUUCUUGAGACAAACGUUCAGCCUGUGACCUCAGUAGACAUGAACACUGGAAUUUUGAAAACGGGAAGUAAAAAUACAGCAUCUACAGCAAGUAAGCCUAUAGCAUACAAUAAAGCAUCUGUUUCGAUACAGAGCAAUGAAAAAUCUGUUGAAAGAGAUGCAAAAAUGCAAAGUAGGCCUAUUACAAAACCCGAAGUCAACGUGAAACAAGAGAAACAUUCAAGUAAGAACAAGGAAGGAUCACCCUUAAGUUCUGAAGAUUUUAAAUUUGAUUCGUCAGAGUUUUCAUUUUCCUUCGAAGAUGCAGAUUUUAAGUCCCUAGAAAAAGAAAUUGCUGAAAUUGAAAAGGAGAUGGGCAGUGAAUCUUGA